UGAGAAUACGAGCAGGUUCUUCCUUCCUGCCCGCUUUGGUUCCAGUUCACUACAGCUGCAGUCAGUCACUGAGGACACAGGGGGCUAAUCAGACCAACAAGAGCUAUGGAGAGAGGGAGGACAGGAGAGAUAACGGAGAAGAAAAUGAAGAUGAAGAAUUAAUACAAUCUUAUAGCUGAAGGCCCCCCGCAGAGAGAAUAGAUAAAGGGAACUGGCUGAGAAUUUUUUCCAAGUUGACUUCAUGUCUGCAGAACUAAUCCUGACAUGAGUGCACAAAUGAGAUUAAAGCGAGCUUGUGGUGAGAUGAGGUAAUGUUUAAGAUGAUUUAUGUGAGCUAGUGCGGCGUUCGCCUUGUCAUGGUCAUGAGUAGGAUGAUGAAGGAGAGGCUUUGGCAAUGCUGAGAUGGAAAAGGACAAGAGAAAGUUCAACCUGAGCCGCUUGCUGACCCUCUACCUGUUCAAAAAGGACAAAGCCUUGGAUGGCAGCCCUGCACACAGUAACAGCUGCAGGUCUACAGCUGCAACAGGCAACAGCACUGACACUUUACCUGCGCCGAGGAACCACUGGAGGGAAGAUGGAGACAUCAAAGAGAUCAACAUUACCCAUGUGGUCAAGGAGGGCUCAGAGAAGGCUGAUGCGUCUCAGUUUGAAUUGCUCAAAGUUUUGGGACAGGGAUCCUUUGGCAAGGUGUUCCUGGUGCGAAAGGUAACCAACCCUGAUGCCAAUCAGCUCUAUGCCAUGAAGGUCCUCAAGAAGGCCACACUCAAAGUGAGAGACCGUGUGAGAACCAAGAUGGAGAGAGACAUCCUGGCAGAUGUCAACCACCCAUUUGUUGUCAAACUGCACUAUGCAUUCCAGACUGAAGGGAAGUUGUACUUGAUCCUGGACUUUCUAAGAGGAGGAGAUCUCUUCACCAGACUCUCCAAAGAGGUGAUGUUCACAGAGGAGGAUGUAAAGUUUUAUUUAGCAGAGCUGGCAUUAGGGCUGGACCACCUCCAUGGCCUGGGCAUCAUAUACAGGGACCUCAAACCUGAAAACAUUCUCCUGGAUGAGGAGGGACAUAUCAAACUCACAGAUUUUGGCUUGUGUAAAGAAGCCAUUGAUCAUGAGAAGAAAGCUUAUUCCUUCUGUGGUACUGUUGAGUACAUGGCACCAGAGGUUGUGAACAGGCAGGGACACGACCACAGCGCCGACUGGUGGUCAUUUGGAGUACUAAUGUUUGAGAUGUUGACUGGAUCACUGCCAUUUCAAGGGAAGGAUCGCAAAGAAACUAUGAGCCUGAUUCUGAAGGCGCGUCUGGGAAUGCCUCAGUUCCUGAGUGCAGAGGCCCAGUCUCUGCUCAGGGCUUUGUUCAAGAGGAACCCUACCAACAGACUGGGAUCUUGUGCUGAUGGUGCAGAGGAGAUCAAACGGCAUGGUUUCUUCUCCACCAUAGACUGGAAUAAACUCUUCAGAAGAGAAUUAAAACCUCCAUUCAAACCGGCGGUGGCGCGUCCGGACGACACCUUCUACUUUGACUCUGAGUUCACCUCCCGCACCCCAAAAGAUUCUCCUGGCGUGCCCCCCAGUGCCGGAGCUCACCAGCUCUUCAGAGGCUUCAGCUUCAUUGCAUCGACUCUGUUGGAGGAGGAAGGUUUAGUGGAGUCAGUCAAACCCCCACCGCACCCGGUGGUGCAGCAAUUACACGGGAAGAAUCUGCUGUUCAGCGACGGCUACAUAUUGAAGGAAGACAUCGGCAUGGGCUCCUUCUCUGUCUGUAAACGAUGUAUCCACAAAGCCACCAACACAGAAUACGCUGUCAAGAUGAUUGACAAGACCAGUACAGACCCCUCUGAGGAGAUUGAGAUUCUACUUCGAUAUGGGCAGCACCCAAACAUCAUAACGCUGAAGGAUGUGUAUGACAAUGGUAAGCAGGUGUUCAUGGUGACAGAGCUGAUGCGUGGAGGAGAGCUGCUGGAUCGGAUCCUCAAACAGAAGUUCUUUUCGGAGCGAGAGGCCAGCGCUGUGCUUCACACCAUCACCAAGACUGCAGAGUACCUGCACUCGCAGGGGUGAGGACACCUACAAAUCCUAAUAGUGGUGCACAGAGACCUGAAGCCCAGUAACAUCCUCUAUGUUGACGAGUCGGGGAAUCCCGAGUCCAUCAGGAUCUGUGACUUUGGCUUCGCUAAGCAAUUGCGUGCCAACAACGGCCUGCUGAUGACCCCGUGCUACACCGCCAACUUUGUAGCUCCUGAGGUGUUGAAGCGUCAGGGCUACGAUGAAGGAUGUGACAUCUGGAGUCUGGGAGUCUUACUGUACACCAUGCUGGCUGGUUUUACUCCAUUUGCCAAUGGACCUGAGGACACCCCAAAUGAGAUCCUGAACAGGAUAGGCAACGGUCACUUCAGUCUGACUGGAGGCAACUGGGACACUGUGUCUGAGGCUGCAAAGGACCUUGUUUCCAAGAUGCUUCAUGUGGACCCCCAUCAGAGACUGACUGCUAAGCAGGUCCUCAAACAUCCCUGGAUUGUCCAGAGAGACAAGCUACCCAACAGCCAGCUCCCACACCAGGACCCCAAACUAGUCAAGGGUGCGAUGGCAGCCACCUACUCUGCCCUGAAGAACUCCCAACCAACUCCAGAGCUCAAGCCCAUCGAGAGCUCCUUCCUGGCUCAGAGGCGCGUCAAGAAGCUUCCCUCCACCUCCCUGUAGAGACUCAAAACAACCAGUCAGCUCACUGGAGGCUGACCAAAACCAACUUCACAGUCAGCUUGCAUCGGGACUCAAGUCUCCACCCGCCUCUACCAGCCAAGGAACACUGACUGUGGUCCUGCCCCCAUCUUGUGAAAUCAGUUGUCCUGCUCUUGCGAUCAUCCUCUUUUGGGCUCAUCAGCUGCUUUAAGCCAGUCUCCUUGGACUAGCAAAAGAGUUUGAAAAUAGAUGGGGGCGAUGACGGCAAAAAUAAAUGGCUGCAGGUUUUUGGCAA